ACACCCACACAGUCCCGAAAAGACCGUGAGAUCGUAUCAGCUGGGACAUAUUAUACAAACAAAAUACCUACUGUACGAACCUGCAUCGCAAAACAAUGGCAACCAAUUCCAAGUUUGGCGGGACGACGCCAGGGUCCGAGGUGGCCAAAUUCUUCCCAGACCAAGUCCGCGGGAAAAUAGGUGACUUCACCCCCUUGAACUUCACCAUGACGACACCCACACACGCUGACACGCACCCAAUAGUCUCCUCGUCAUGGGCAUCAGCCCAGGGAGCAUUGGCCAGACAACCGCUCUAGCCUUCGCAUCCCAAACCCCGGCCCUCCUGAUCCUCGCCUC